UCUGUUUCUUUCAGUUAAGGCUUUAGCUUUUCCCGAAACAAGAAUGAAAUUGCUUCUGUUGUCAUGGACGGUCCUUUUGACUUUCACGGCGUCUCCUAUCGACGCACAAAGCCCGAAUUUCAUCUGUUACUUCCCUAAUUGGUCACGAUAUCGUUCAGGACUUGGCCAAUAUACUGUUGACAACAUCAAUCCAAAAUUAUGCACCCAUUUGGUGUACGCUUUUGCCAUCCUGGAUGGGACUACCAACAAGAUACAGGUGUUUGAUAACUGGUCAGACAUCGAUCUCGGCGGCUACCAGAAGUUUGUCGCUCUCAAGACGCAGAACUCCAAGCUGAAAACUAUGAUUGCCAUAGGAGGUUGGAACGAUUCUAACGAUGGCAGUGGCAAGUAUUCCGCGCUGGUGGCCAGCUCAACUAACAUCAAUACAUUUGUCAACUCGGCUGUGGCUUUCCUCCAAUUGUACAAGUUCGAUGGUUUGGAUUUGGAUUGGGAAUAUCCGUCGACUGCAGCUGACAAAGCUGGUUUUGCUAACCUUAUCGUAGCCCUGAAAAAUGCCUUUACGCCCUAUGGUUUCUUGUUAAGUGCUGCCGUUUCCGCUUCAUUGAUUAAUGCCGGUUACGAUGUGCCCAAGAUGAGCCAAAAUUUGAAUUUCAUCAACUUGAUGUCGUACGAUUUUCAUGGCCCCUCAUGGGAACCAACGGUAGCUGACCAUCACUCUCCGCUUCGCAAGCGUUCAACAGAAACGACUAAUCUCAAUACUGAUUUUGGUGUUACCAAUUGGAUUAGUAAUGGCAUGCCUGCUGCCAAAAUCAAUAUGGGUAUACCGCUUUACGGAAUGAGUUGGAAACUUACCUCCACCACCAUUACACCACCGGCGCCGGCUUCUGGUGGUGGAGUUACUGGUCCCUACACUGGGACGCCUGGCUUCAUGGCUUAUUACGAAAUCUGCAACGCUGUUCGCUCCAAUGGUUGGCAAGUUGUCCAAGAUCCCACUCAAGCAAUCGGUCCCUAUGCCGUAUCGCCGACCAGUCCUAAAACUUGGGUUGGUUAUGAUGAUCCGGCGAUGGCCAUCGUCAAAUCCAGUUACAUUUUAUCAAAAGGAUUGGGUGGAGCAAUGGUAUGGGACAUCAGUAUGGAUGACUUCCAAAACACUUGCGUCACUGGAGUCAACCCAAUCAUGACGGCAAUCUCCAAUACCCUUAACUCCUCGCUAACCAUCUCUACUACACCGGCAACUCUGUCAACAACAACGCCAGUCGUAACGACAACAAAGCCAGCUACAACGACAACUAAACCAGCCACAACGACAACUAAACCAGCUACAACAACAACUAAGCCAGCUACAACGACAACUAAACCAGCUACAACAACAACUAAACCAGCUACAACGACAACUAAGCCAGCCACAACGACAAUUAAGCCAGCUACGACAACAACUAAGCCAGCUACAACAACUAAACCUGUUUCAACAACAAAGUUAGCUUCAACCACGAAUCCAACUACAAAGCAAACUUCAACAACGAAACCAGCUUCAACGACAAAAAUUGCAUCAACAACAGUUAAAGCUACUACUCAAACAACAAGGCCCACUACAAGCAAACCAUCUGGAACUUUCACCUGUCCAAGCCCAAAUGGAUUGUUUCCGGACCCUGCUUCUUGCUCGUCUUUUUACUCCUGCAGCAACGGAACACCAAUCAAAAUGCAAUGCGGUACUGGAUUAUACUUUAAUCCUACUUUGCUGGUUUGCGACUGGCCCGCAAACGUGAAUUGCACCGUAAGUGGUUGAAAGAGUAAUGCAUGUUAACAUUCCCGAAGAAGGGGUAAAUCGGUGGUGGUACAAACAAUUCUUUUAAGAAAGUUGUA